AUGGUCUUCUCCAGCAAAAAGUUGAGCGUUGCCGCUUCCCUUUUCACCUUGGCCCUUGCCGAUCCAUGGCCAAAGCGUGGCUUAGCUGCAAACGAUGAUAUCCCCAUCUCGCAGUUUGGCGGGUCGUAUAAUGGCCAUGGUUCACAGGUCAACUGGCAGUAUAACUGGGACAGCACAACCUCUCAGAAGCAGAGCUGGGCCGAGUUUGUACCCAUGCUGUGGGGCACACAGAGCUACCACACCACCCAGUGGUUCGACAAUGCCUGGUACUGGAUCAACAAUGGAGGCUCAGGACACUUGCUGGCCUUUAACGAACCGGAGCUGGGUAGCCAGGCCAAUCUGAGCCCUGGAGACGCUGCAAAUGCGUGGAGGCAAUACAUGGAGCCUUUCUAUGGCCAUGCUCAACUCGGUGCUCCUGCUGUCUCCAACGACGGCUACAACUGGAUCAGCCAGUUCUUGCAGGCCUGCAGUGGCUGCCACAUCGAUUUCAUCCCCAUCCACUGGUACAAUGACUGGACCCUGGAAGCCGAUUUCGAGAACUGGGUCAACAGCAUCUGCUCACUUGGCGGUGGCCGCCAGGUCUGGAUCACAGAGUUUCAAGCAGGCGGAACACCUGACCAGGAGGCUACCUUCUUGCGAUCGGCGAUCCCGUUCCUGGAUAACAACCCUUGCGUCUACCGCUACUCUUACUUUGGUACUGCUGACAACGGCAAGGACUUGCUCCAGAACGGUGGACCUUCCCUCUCUUCUUUGGGACUUCAAUAUGCUUUUAGUGCUUAUGGCUCUGGUAGCCUUUAG